CAACUGUAACUCUCAAACUGUGUGUCUGUCAGUUCCUGCUAGCGUAAAGAACACAGACACUGCAGGCUGAGGUGUGCUGGUGAAGGAUGAGUGUGUUUACGGAUUUGAAGCGUUCCGGAUGGAUUUUUCCAACCGUUCUUCUUUCCCUGUACGGAUUUUUCGCUAACUGCAGGCCGGCUGAGCCGUUUCUAACGCCGUACCUGAUAGGGCCCAAAAACCUCUCUGAGCAAACCGUGACCAACUACCUGUUCCCCAUAUGGACGUACUCGUACCUGUCCGUGCUGCCCGUGGUCUUCCUGCUGACCGACCUGCUGCGCUACAAGCCCGUUGUCGUCCUGCAGGGACUUUUCCUGGUCAGCAACUACCUGCUGCUGUGCUUUGCGCACAACCUGACCGCUAUGACCUUCCUGCAGUUCAACUAUGGCGUCGUCACGUCCACUGAAGUGGCCUACUUCUCCUACAUCUACAGCGUGAUACCGCCUGAACACUACCAGCGGGCCACAGGGUUCGUCCGAAGUGCCAUGCUGACCGGCUCCACCUUUGGGGCCACUCUGGGUCAGCUGUUAAUAUCGUUAGCGGGGGUUAGCUACUUUACAGUCAAUGCUAUCACACUGGGGCUGAUGGGGACGGCCUUUAUUGUGUCCUUCUUCCUGCCCAUGCCCCAGCAAGGGGUGUUUUUCGGCCCCACUGCAGUUGGAGUGUCUGCAGAUCCACUGGAGGAAAGGCCAGGCGUCACUGACCCUGGGGUCAUUGGGGGUCAGAAGGCAGAGGCUAAGGCCAGAUGGUUCAGCAGGGAGAGCCUGAGGCUGGCAGGCAGACGGAUGUGGGCGAAUAUCAAGGAGUCGUACAGCUCCAGGAGGCUGGUGUACUGGUCUGUUUGGUGGGCUUUUGCCACAGCUCACUAUAGUCAGAUCUUUAACUACAUCCAGCUGAUUUGGGACCGCAUUGAGCCGUCCAGCACGUCCUCUGUUUACAAUGGAGGGGUAGAAGCAGUCUGCACACUUGUGGGUGCAGCAGCAGCGUUCUCGGUGGGCUACAUGAGGGUGCGGUGGGAGGUCUGGGGGGAGUUUUCUCUGGGUGUGUUCUCCGCUGUUGGAGCAGCAUCUGUGUUCUUUAUCAGCCUCACCACCAACAUCUGGAUCUCCUACAGUGGCUACGUCAUCUUUAAAGCGUCGUACAUGUUCCUCAUCACUAUCGCCACGUUCCAGAUAGCCGCUAACCUCUCUAUGGAGUGCUACGCCCUGACGUUUGGCAUAAACACGUUCAUGGCCAUCGCUAUCCAGACCAUCCUCACUGCUAUAAUAGUGGACGACACGGCUCUGGGGCUGGACAUCGUCACUCAGUUCAUUAUUUACGGCGGCUGUUACGGAGCGCUCUCGGUGCUGUUCCUGCUGCGAGGUCUUUACAUAGCCUGCACGCAUUACUGCAGCUCCAGAUCAGAGACAGAGACAGAGACGGGAGAGACCACCCAGCACAUAGACACCCCUCAAACAGCAGGGGCAGAAGGACUGUCCACUAAGAUGUGACUCAGAUUCAUUUCUACACUAGAACUCUACCACUCAAAAGUCUCGAGUCACUGAUUUCAUUCCUAUAAUUUUAUUGAAGACGUGUAUAAAAUGAUUCUACGAUGAAAAUAAUUUCGUACGAGUUUCAGUCAGUUAGUUAGUGAGAAGCUGUAAGAAUGAAGAGGUUCUGGAGGAGAACCAGAGCUGUGAGUGAUUUAAUGAUAACUGAUAAAUCUGUACAUCACUGAGAACGAACUGAUAAAGAACCUGACACCCACAAAGCCUCAUAUCUGAGAACCAAAUCUCAGCUACGCUCUUAAAAAAGAUGAUUCUUCAAGGGU